GUGGGGAUUUUUGUCAGAAUUACAUUAUUUUGAAAGGAAAUUAUUAUAAACUUGAGCACUUAUCGAGUGUGGAUAGCGAGCUCCUGUGUCGAGCAAAUAGAUACAUCUCCCAUCACCUGCCAAUUCAUCACCAUUCCAGCCCAGCCACCCCACCUGUGUGGUUGGACCAGGUCUGGCCCGUUGGCAUGGCGAUGAUGGAGGAAGGGGCGCGGAGCUGCCUGCUUCAGUCACGCUCCAGCCUGGAGCAGGACAUCAGGGCUUCCUACCUGAUGGAUCACAUGAUCAGUGAUGGUGUGCUGACGGGGGACGAGGAGGACAGGAUCAGGAGCAAGCCCACCAGGAGAGAGCAGGCGGUGGCCCUGCUGGAGCUGCUCCUGAGGAAGGAUAACCAGGCCUACAUCUCCUUCUACAAUGCCCUGGUCCGCGAGAGCUACGGAGACCUGGCCAGCCUGCUCCACAACAGCCUGCCCCUGGUCUCCCCUGAGGCUGAGAAGAGCUUCUCAGACGGUGGCACCCGCUAUGUCCAGGCGGUGCUGAGUGAGGGCGGUGUGCCCCAGAGACCCGUGGUGUUUGUGAGCCGGCCAGCCCUGAUGAACCGGGUCAGGGAGAAGCUCUACCGCUUGCAGAAGGAGCCCGGCUGGGUCACUGUGUUCGGCAUGGCCGGCUCCGGCAAGUCUGUCUUGGCUGCGGAGGCAGUCCGAGACCACGCACUCAUCACAGAGUGUUUUCCAGGAGGAGUCCACUGGCUGUCCAUAGGCCAGCUGGACCGGUCUGACCUGCUGGUUAGGAUCCAGUCACUGUGUUUCCGCCUGGAGCAGCAGAGCCAGGAGAAAGACCCCUCGUCCUCCCUCCACAGGCCUCCUGGCUCUCUGGAAGAGGCCAAGGAGCGACUACGCUUCCUCAUGCUCCGUCGUUACCCCAGGUCGUUGCUGAUACUGGAUGACAUCUGGGACAGCUCGGUGCUCAAGGCCUUUGACAUACAGUGUCGAGUACUGCUCACCACCCGAGACAGAAGCCUAGCCGACUGUGUCAGCGGUCCUAAGUCUGAGGUGGCAGUGGAGAGUGGUCUGGAGGAGGGUCAGGCCUUGGAGAUCCUUGCCCUGUAUGUCAACAGGAAACCCCAGAGACUCCCAGAACAGGCCCGCAGCAUUGUCCGAGAGUGCAAAGGCUCUCCCUUGGUGGUGUCGCUAAUCGGGGCCCUGCUGCGGGAGUUCCCGGACCGCUGGGCCUACUACCUGCACACGCUCCAGCAGAAGAAGUUCAAGCGUAUCCGUAAGUCGUCUUCGUAUGACUACGAUGCCCUUGACCAGGCCAUGGCUGCCAGCAUCCAGGUCCUGUCUGAGGAACACAGGGAGCUGUACAUUGACCUCACCGUGCUGGAGAAGGACGUCAAAGUACCUGCCAAGGUUCUGUCAGUUCUGUGGGAUCUAGAACCGGAGGAGGUGGAGGACGUUCUCCAGGACUUUGUGAACAAGUCCCUACUGUUCCGUGAUUGUCACCACCGGCCCUACCUCUACUACCUCCACGACCUCCAGCUGGACUUCCUGGCUGAGAUGAACCGCUCUGGCCUAGAGAGCCUCCACACCAAGGUGGUGCGUCAGUACCAGCAGCGCUACAGCAAGGGUCCCCCCACCUCAGGAGAUGAAGAGUGCCUCUACUGGUUCAGAUUCCUCACCUACCACAUGGCCAAGGCCAACCUCACACAGGAGUUGUACUCUCUGAUGUUCUCUCUGGACUGGGUCAGAACUAAAGCUCAGAUUAUGGGACCGGCUCAUCUCAUCAAUGACUAUUUGGAGUACAGCACCAUACUGGACAAAGAGAACAGCGAGGUGCGGGGCCACUUCCAGGAGUUCCUGUCUCUGAACGGCCACCAGUUGGAGCAGCGUCCAUUCCCUGACGUAGUGCAGCUGGCCCUGUCCCAGCCAGACUCCUCUGAGGUGUACCGCCAGGCCCUGCUGCAGGCGCAGGAGAGGGCCACCAGAGGGGGACUCUACCUUGACUGGGUGAACAAAAGUAGUCUGAAGAGCCUGUCUCGUCUGGUGGUCCAGCCCCACCAGGGAUCCAUCUACUCUGCCUGCUUCUCCCACGACGGUACCAAGAUCGCUUCCUGUGGCUCCAGCAAGACACUGCGAGUGUUUAAGAGCACGUCUGGGGAGAAGCUGCUGGAGAUCCAGGCCCACGACGAUGAGGUGCUCUGCUGCGCCUUCUCCCUGGAUGACCAUCUCCUAGCAACCUGCUCCAGUGAUAGGAAGGUCAAGGUUUGGAAUGUGGAGCGUGGGACUCUGAUGAGGAUGUUUGAGGACGAACACGAGGAGCAGGUCAACCACUGUCAGUUCACCAACACACGCCGACGCCUCCUACUGGCCACCUGUUCCAACGACAAGUUCAUGAACACCAAGCUGUGGAACAUCAAUAAACCCUCUUCCCAGAACACCAUGUUUGGUCAUUUGGAGCCUGUCAAUCACUGCUGUUUCUCCCCUGAUGACGCCUACCUCUCCACCUCUUCCAGCGACGGAACCCUGAAGCUGUGGGAGGUGUCCUCGGCUAAUGAGUGGAAGUCCAUAGACGUGGCGGACAUGUUCCCGGAGCAGAGAGAGCAGACGGAGGUCAUGGUGAAGUGCAGCACCUGGUCAGCAGGCGGCAGGACCAUCAUCUGUGCUGCCAGGAACGCAGUCUUUGUGUUUGAUGUAGAGACGGCGGCCAUGUUGUUGGAGAUCCGGACCAGUCGUCUGAGCACGGUGCAGUACUGUCACGCCUGUCCCAGCAGCAACCUGGUGGCCAUCGCACUGUCACACUAUGCUGUGGAGCUGUGGGACAUAGAGACCAGUAAGAAGAUGGCUGACUGUAGUGGUCAUCUGAGCUGGGUCCACGGAGUCCAGUUCUCCCCUGACGGAUCUCUACUGCUCUCCUGUUCUGACGACCAGACCGUCAGGGUGUGGGAGACUAAUAAAGUCCACACCUCCUCGGCUGUCUGUCUGAAGAGGGACUCUGACGUGCUCUUUAACAACGGUGACAUUACUGUGGUCGCCGCUGACAACCGCAACAGACUGCAGGUGAGGAAUGGGAGGACCGGAGCGGUGAUGUUCCAGUCAGAGAACCAGGAGUCUCGUAUCCGCUGCACUGCGAUCUGCUCACAGACCUCAGCUGUGGGGCUGGGACGAGAGGAUGGGACGAUACAGGCAGGAGGGAAGACAGUUAGGGAGGUACUGAGGACCAUUGGAUGGAGGACUCUACAGCGGCUGACCCCUCACAGGGGCUUGUUGCUGGCGCUAGGGCUAGAAACAGGCAGUGUGCAGGUGUUGGAGGUGCCGUCGGGGACCUCUCUAGCCACUCUUCAGGGUCACACCAGGACAGUUCUCCACUGCCAGUUCACCCCGGAGGGACACACACUCAUCACCUCCUCUGAGGACACCACCAUACGGGUGUGGAGGUGGAGGACAGGUGAGUGUGUGGUUCUGGAGGGCCACAAGGAGCAGGUCAGAUGCUUCUCUCUGCUCACCACCACACCCUCCUCAGAGACACAUCUCCUCAGCUGGUCCUUUGACGGCACCAUCAAGGUGUGGGACAUGUCUAGUGGUGAACGGCUGCAGGAUCUAGUGUGUCACCAGGGGGCGGUGCUAGCCUGUGACGUGUCGCCUGACGGACAGCUCUUCGCCACCACCUCCGCUGACAAGACUGCCAAGGUGUGGAGCAGUGCAUCAUGGGAGUGCGUGCGCCUGUUGAACGGCCACCAGGACUGUGUCCGCAGCUGCCGCUUCUCUUGGGACGGCCGGCGCCUAGCAACCGGCGACGACAACGGAGAGAUACGGCUGUGGAACGUGAAGGAUGGUACUCUGCUUAAGAUCUGUUCCCGUGACAACAAGGACGCCAUGGACUCUCUGCACGGAGGCUGGGUGACCGACCUGCACUUCUCCCCAGACAACACUGUGCUGCUGUCUACAGGAGGAUACAUUAAGUGGUGGAACGUGGAGAAAGGAGAGGCCCUCCAGACCUUCUACCCGACAGGAGCCAAUCUGAAAAGGAUCCACGUGUCACCUGACUUCUCCACCUUCGUCACCAUCGACAAUAUCGGAAUCCUCUACAUCCUUAAGAAGGUGGAAUGAGAGGGAGGCAUAGCUCAUUAGUCUAAAGUGGUUUCCUUAUAGCUCAUUAGUCUAAAGGGGGCGUAGCUCAAUAAUGGAAAUAGUUCUCGUCUCCUCUCCUUGCAUUGAUCUGAAAGAGCCAGACAGGUGAGAGCCAAUGUCCGUUAGUCAUCUGCCAUGUUGCUUUAGCCUGCGUUCUCAGAUCAGAGUAGGUGAAGAACAGGAGAUCUGCUAAAGGACAAUCAUUUCUCCUGCUCUGCCUUCUGCAUGCCAUAACAGUCAAUCACAACACAAUACAUCAUUUCUCCUGCUCUGCCUUCUGCAUGCCAUAACAGUCAAUCACAACACAAGACAUCAUUUCUCCUGCUCUGCCUUCUGCAUGCCAUAACAGUCAAUCACAACACAAUACAUCAUUUCUCCUGCUCUGCCUUCUGCAUGCCAUAACAGUCAAUCACAACACAAUACAUCAUUUCUCCUGCUCUGCCUUCUGCAUGCCAUAACAGUCAAUCACAACACAAUACAUCAUUUCUCCUGCUCUGCCUUCUGCAUGCCAUAACAGUCAAUCACAACACAAUACAUCAUUUCUCCUGCUCUGCCUUCUGCAUGCCAUAACAGUCAAAACAAUCACAACACAAUACAUCAUUUCUCCUGCUCUGCCUUCUGCAUGCCAUAACAGUCAAAACAAUCACAACAAAAUUGAUAUCCUGACAAAAUUAACUAUUCUGCUUUUCUUAUUGUAUCAGGGGACCAUAGACAAAAUGCAUUUGAUUCUUACUGCACUGGGGUAAAUUGUAUGCAAUAUGGAGAGAUUUUUCUAUGCUCCUUUUAAUUAGGAAAAUCUAUGCUAUAAUGAAAUGCACCAGCAUUAUCUGUCAAACAGUGAAUUGGUUUUUGUAUUUCUAAGUGCCCAAUGAGUCUUUUGCUUUGUUAAUGUCGUGGCACUCUGCAAAUGGUCAUGAUUGUGUUCUGUCGUCUUAAACAAAGUACAUGUAUUUUUCCCUGUGAAGUUUGGGCGGCAGGGACCCAGCGAUUUAAGAGCGUUGUGCCAGUAACCUAAAGGUUGCUGGUUCGAAUCUCUGAGCCGACUGGGUGAAAAAUCUCUAUGCCCUUCAGCAACGCACUUAACCCUAAUGUGCUCUUGUAAGUCGCUCUGGAUAAGAGCGUCUGUUGACUAAAAUGUAAAGGUCUAAACCUGUGUAUUUGGACUAACUAAAGCCUUAAAGAUAGAUUCCGCAGUAUGGGGAAGCCUACCCACCACUUUAAAAAAAAAUCAAACCUUGACCUAAGGCAUCUAUCGACUAUGUUUACUAUCAAGUUCAACACUGUUUAGGACCUUUUAUACACUAAUUAUAUCAAUAGAGCCUGUUUUUGUUUUGUUUGUACAAGUCCUUUUUUAUUGUAUAUAUCUUGCUUUCAUACAUUUAGUUUUCUUAUUACUACUGAUCCACGCUCUAGUGAGCUUUGUAAAAAGGCACUAUGAUUUAUCUCUUGUGGUCUGUAUCAAGAACAUGGCCUUGUUCCAAUACUUUGACAAUGCGUCCUUCCUUACUCGCUUCCUUCCUUCCAUCGUUGCUUGUCGUCAUCUCUGAUCUGACGCUAUUGAAUAGCUGACCGAUUGCUUCCACUUCAUGGUUGACAAUCCAGAGUCAUUUCAAAUCUGUGAAUUUUUUAAAGGAAAGGAUGCGUUUUCAAAGUAUUCAAUCUGGGCCUUGUUUUUGAUGUCAGAACAUGUGCUCUUACCAAUUGGUGCUUUAAACUCAGUGUGCAAGUAAAUCAUCAGAGGAGGUCUCUCCCUGUCAAUCAAAUCUGUGAAGUCUUGAGGUGAUCUCAGGACAUGAAUACUGUUAUGGUAAAGUGCUUGUGUGUGGUCUGUAAUGUAUAACGUUUUAUUCUCUAAGGUAUUAUAAGACAGCAGGUGGCUUACAUACUCCUCUAAAUUUGUCAUUAAAUCGUUUGAUGUCCACUGUCCAGAGCAUAGGGUAGUCUUUGAUCUACACUGAACAAAGAAAACACAUGUCAAGUGUUGGUCCCAUGUUUCAUGAGCUGAAAUAAAACAUUCCUGAAAUUUUC